AACAACCUAUCUGCACAGAGGGGCUCAGACUCCUUCCCUCUGACUUUUGCUUUCGUGGAUCAGCUUAUUAAUUUCUUAACUUUUCUUUAUCCCAAAAUUUACCAAAAUGAGUAGGAGCCAAUCAUUUGGUAGUAAGUCUGUGUCAGGCAGCAGGAGCUUCACAGCUUCAUCACUUGGAGGAGUGGGAGGAGGUGGUGGUGGCGGUGGAGUAAGAACCAGCCUCAGUUCAGUUUCUGUGUCUAGAGGAGGAGGAGGAGGAGGUGGUGGUGGUGGUGGUGGUGGUGGUGGUGGUGGUGUUGGUGUUGGUUUUGGUUUUGGACGUUCUGGUGGCUUUGGGUCUAGAAGCUGUUAUUCACUUGGGGGAAAUAAGAGAAUAUCUAUUAGUACUAGCUCCCGUUUAGGUAGUGGCUAUGCCUUUGGUGGUGGAGCAGGUGGAGGUGGUUUAGGUGGAGGCUUUGGUGGAGGAGCUGGAGGAGGAGGAGGAGGAGGUGGAUUUGGUGGAAUAGGAGGUGGAUUUGGUGGUGGGGGAUAUGGUGGUGGAUUUGGGGGAAUUGGUGGACCUGGAGGAGGCUUUCCAGAUGCAGGUUUUGGUGGUCCAAAUUUUCCUGUGUGCCCUCCUGGUGGAAUUCAACAAGUAUCUAUUAACAAUAGCCUGUUGAUACCUCUUAACUUGGAAAUUGAUCCAAUGAUUCAAAAAGUGAGAACAGAAGAAAGAGAGCAGAUAAAGACCCUCAACAAUAAAUUUGCCUCAUUUAUAGACAAGGUCAGAUUUUUGGAGCAACAAAAUCAAGUUCUGAAAACAAAGUGGGCCUUCUUACAAGAGCAAGGACUAAAAGGUGGAACAAAAAGGAACAAUCUUGAGCCUUAUUUUGAAGGUUACAUGAGCAACCUGAGGCGACAACUAGACAUAUUAAAUAAUGACAGAACUCGUCUAGAUGGAGAACUGAGAAACAUGCAAGACCUUGUGGAAGAUUACAAAAACAAAUAUGAGGAUGAGAUAAACAAGCGCACAGCAGCUGAAAACGAAUUUGUGAUCUUCAAGAAGGAUGUGGAUGCUGCAUACAUGAACAAGGUGGAACUGGAGAGCAAAACAGAUCUUUUGACUGAUGAGAUCAACUUCUUAAAAACACUUUAUGAUAUGGAAAUGCGUGAUCUUCAAGGCCAGAUCGCUGACACUUCAGUCAUUCUUUCCAUGGACAACAAUAGAACUCUACAUUUUGAUGGUCUCAUUGCUGAGGUUAAAGCUCAGUAUGAAGAGAUUGCACAGAAAAGCAGAGCAGAGGCCGAAGCUGCAUAUGCCAUGAAGUUCCAACAGCUACAAGAAACAGCAGGUCAACAUGGUACCAGUCUUAAAACAACCAAGACUGAGAUUUCUGAGCUGAACCGCAUGAUUCAAAGAUUAAAGGCUGAAAUUGAAAAUGUGAAGAAACAGUGCGAUAACCUGCAAUCAGCGAUCAGAGAAGCUGAAGAACGUGGUGAACUUGCUUUAAAAGAUGCCCAGAAGAAACAUGAUGAGCUUCAUGCAGCUCUUAAAAAGGCAAAGGAAGAUAUGGCUAAGCAGUUGCAUGAUUACCAGGAACUGAUGAAUGUGAAACUGGCCCUGGAUAUUGAGAUUGCUACUUACAAAACAAUGCUGGAAGGAGAAGAGUGCAGGAUGUCUGGAGAGAUCACAAAUCCAGUGAAUAUCUCUGUGGUCAGUGGUUCCACCUCAUACAAUGUUAGAGGAGGAGGAGGAGCAGGAGGUGGAUUUGGAGCUGGAGGAGGAUAUGGCCUUGGAGGUGGCGGAAUUGGAGGCGGUGCUGGUGGAUUUGGAGGAGGCGGAUAUGGAGUUGGAGGAGGAGGAGGAGGAUUUGGUGGAGGAGGUGCUGGAUAUGGAGGAGGUGGAAUAGAUUAUGGAGCAGGAGGUGAUGGAUAUGGAGGAGGUGGAAUAGAUUAUGGAGCUGCAUUUGGUGGAUAUGGAAGAGGAUAUUCUAUGAGUGGUGGAGGUGGAGGAGGAGGAGGAGGAGAUUACAGUGUUGGAGGGGGUGGCUUUAGCUCUUCUAGCAGGCCAGGCAUGACAAUUAUCUCCAAAACAUCCUCUUCCUCAUCCACCAGAAAACUAAAUUAAAUCUUUACACUGACAAGUUUCUUUUCUAUCUGCCAAAUGUUUUUCUCUCUUACAUUUCUCACAUCAUUAAAGCAAGAAUGUCAUGCAUUCAAUGGCAUUGCAAACCAUUAUGACAUUUCCUCCUAUCUUAUUAUGAGCUGGAGCCCUCCUCCUAAUUUCAUGUCUUCAGAAAUGAAUGCUACCACUUCAAACUUAGCCCGGUCACUGUAAACAUAUAACCCCACCACUCCUCGAGGAAUAGGCUGGUCCACAUAUAUAACCAGGUGGCAUAUAUUUGUCAUGGACUUAUUAAAUGUCAAGAAAUCAAUUUGCCAAAUAAAAAUAUUACCAUCACAAUCUAAGAAGAUAUGUCUUGUUACUACUCCUGCUAUUUGAAAUAGGAAUUCUCUUUCAAAUUGCAUUGUGAAAUCUCUGAUAAACCUCAAUGUUAUGGUUCCUGAACAUUAAAACAUAACUGAUGAAAUAUUUUAGAGAUUUUAUUCAUUUGUAAGCAGAAGAACUAUUUCAAAAGUUCAAAAGGGCAAAACAUUGAACAUUGAUUUGUCACAAUAUAUACUGUUUACAUCAUCUGUGCUGUGAUUUUUUCACCCUAUAAGUCCAACAAACAGCAAGGAACUACUAUAUCCUUGAAAGUCUUACUGACACCUAUUCACCCUUUCCUCUGAAGGCUAGCUCCACCAAAACUAUACUCAAUGCCAAUAAAACUUUUCUCCCUUCUUUGUCACACUUAUGGGGUCCAAGAAAGGGCAAUGUUUAGGAACACCACAAUAAAGAGUUGGUGUCAUAUACCGUAGUAUCCUACCUUGCAGAUUUUAUGAAAAUCCACAGACACCACCAUUCCUUCAGUGUCAGGAGUUUGCCUAACAACCCUUUAUAAUUCAGCUUCUUAAAGCUCUUUGCAAGUGACAGGAGGUUAGAGAAUGGUUUUGGACUUGACUGAAUAUAGAUAGAAUUGUAAGGUUUUCAGUGGAGUGGGGAGAUAAACAUGCUGAGCUAAAUCAAGAGGAACUUCUCUAAG